AUGGAUAUCUAUCUUUAUGAUAAAGAUACUCGGAGUGUUACCUUUUCGGAAUUUAUUAAUAAAGAAUUGGUGCUUUUUUCGAAUACAGACAAUGAACGCUCCAUUCCGAGUUUGGUAGAUGGAUUGAAACCUGGACAGAGGAAGGUUCUCUUCACUUGUUUCAAACGCGCCGAUAAAAAAGAAGUCAAAGUUGCACAAUUGGCUGGUGCUGUUGGUGAAAUGUCAGCAUAUCAUCAUGGGGAACAAUCAUUAAUGUCAACAAUUGUGAAUUUGGCUCAAAACUAUGUUGGCUCUAAUAACAUCAAUCUGUUAAUGCCAAUUGGUCAAUUUGGUACUCGAUUACAAGGAGGAAAAGAUAAUGCUUCACCUCGUUAUAUUUUCACUCAGCUUAAUCCUGUAACUAAAACUCUUUUCCCUCCAUCUGAUGAAAAUGUUCUUCGUUUCCUUUAUGAAGAAAAUCAACGAAUUGAGCCGGAAUGGUAUUGUCCUGUUAUUCCAACUGUUCUUGCAAAUGGAGCUGAAGGUAUUGGAACUGGAUGGUCUACAGUAGUUCCAAAUUACAAUCCUCGUGAAUUGGUCGACCAAAUGCGUCGUUUAAUCAAAGGAGAUCCUCUUCAGCCUAUGAUUCCAUGGUAUAAAGGGUUUACUGGCGAAAUAGUUGGUAGCAACAAUAAUGGCAAAUUUGAAUCUCGUGGCAUUAUUAAUGUAAUUGAGAAUGGCACAGUUGAAAUUACUGAACUUCCUGUCAAAACUUGGACACAAACUUACAAAGAGAAAAUUAUUGAACCAAUGUUUGAUGGUUCAGAGAAGAAUAAACCGCAACUACUUCAAGACUACAAAGAAUAUCAUACAGACACUACUGUGCACUUUAUUUGUAGAUUAAAACCAGAUGACAUGGCAAAAGCAGAACAAAAAGGAUUGUACGAUGUGUUCUCGCUUAAAUCAAGUAUUAAUACUUCGAACAUGGUUUUGUUUGAUGCAGCAGGUUGUCUACGUAAAUUUGAAACGCCUGAACAAAUAUGCCAAGAAUUCUUUGACUGUAGAAAGGAAUUGUAUAAGAAGAGGAAGGCAUAUCUUGAGGGAAUGUUGCAAGCACAAAGUAAUCAAUUAAGUGAAAAGGCCCGCUUUAUUAUGAUGAAAAUUAACGGAGAAAUUCAUAUUGAGAACAAAAGGAAGUCUGCAAUUAUUGAACAAUUGCAAAAACAUAAGUUCAAGCCAGAUCCUGUAAAACAGUGGAAGGAGGAACAAAAACGUAAAGAAUUGGAAAUGUGUGGGGAAGCAAAUCUUACCGAAGAUGAGGAAGAGGACGAGGCUGAAGAAAAUGAAGCUGUCAACGUCGAACUUGAAAAGAAGGUUUCUGACUAUGAUUAUUUAGUUGGAAUGGCUAUUUGGAAAUUAUCUAUGGAAGACAAAGAUAAAUUGCUUGCUGAAAGUGAAGCAAAAAAGAAGGAAUUGAAUAUUUUGAAAGGAAAGGAAUGGUUUGAUUUAUACGAGGAAGACUUGAAAACAUUUUUGGAUGCUUUGGAUGCACAGGAAGAGAAGGAAACUAAAGAAGCAAAUGCAGGGAAAAUCAAACCAAAAAUAAAGAUGGAAAAGAUUAAAAAGCGUCAAGUCAAAGAUGAUAGUGAUUCGGAUUCUGAUUUUAUUGUCAAGAAGAAAGAGAAACGUCGACAAAUAGUCGACGACGACGAUGAACCUGAUCCAGAUGUAGUUGUCAUGAAGAAGAAAGAAAAACGGCGCCAGAUAAUAGAGGAUGACGAUGAUGAUGAUUUUGUUAUUACCAAUAAGAAGAAAAAGCCACUUAACAAAUAA